AUGGCUAUUCCAGCUACUACGACGUACCUCAAGUGGUCGAAAACUCCCAUCACUUUCGAUCAGUCGGACCACCCAGCUUACGUUGCUACCCCUGGGCGGCAGGCGCUGGUGGUUGAUCCAGUUGUGGGAGGCACUCGGUUGUGCAAGGUCCUCACGGAUGGUGGGAGUGGUUUGAACAUACUCUACGCCGAGACAUUUAAGGGGAUGGGCAUUCCGAUGUCCCGACUCAGCGAGAGCAACAUGCAGUUCCACGGAGUCAUUCCAGGGAAGAAGGCGAGGUCACUCGGCCAGAUUGCCUUGGACGUGGUUUUCGGUGACUCGAAGAACUUUCGGAAGAAGAACUUUCAUAGCGCCUAUCAUGCCAUCCUUGGCCGAGCGGCUUAUGCACGUUUCAUGGCCCGCCCAUGUUACAUAUACCUUAAGCUGAAGAUGCCCGGUCCUAAGGGUGUAAUCACCGUCACGGAGAACAGGCAGAGAGCUGAGGAGUGUCUUCAGCAAGGAUCCAAGAUUGCUGAUGACCAGAUGGCAGUGGUGGAAUUGGAAGAGUACAAGAGAAAUACAGAUCCGACUGAUUUGCUUCGUUCCAAGAAACCAGCUUCCGAAUCUGCUUUCCAGUCGGCGGGAGAGAAGAAACAAGUUCACAUUCACCCAGAAGAUCCUACAGCCGCUCCGACUAACAUCUCAACAACACUCGACAGCAAAUAA